AUGUCCGGUUCGGAUCUGCCGCCGAGCUACGACGAUUCGUGCCGACCCCUCUACGACCCUCUGACGGGGCAUUACUCCUACCCUCCAGCAUAUGGCCCACCUGCUCAUCAAAGCCAGGGUCAACCUGCCCUGUACCCCCCUGACGCAGGUGUGAUCCCUGCCGGAUCUCAGCCCUCAGCGCCACAGCUGGGGCGUCCAGGUGCACCCCCCCAAACAGCCAUGCCACACAUGGUGCCCCCGGUAAUCCCUCCCAUGAUGCCCUCCACCAGCCCAGACUCAGGAGCCACUGAGGGGUUCACAGCGGCUGGCACCUGGGACAGCAUGAGUGUUAGACAUGCAUUUGUCCGAAAAGUUUACCUUAUUUUGGCUUCUCAGCUGUUUGUCACAGUGGCAAUUGUGGCUGUCUUCACCUUUGUCAGACAGGUUAAUCUGUUUGUGAUCAGAAAUCCAGGGGUGUAUUGGGCUUCAUAUGCUGUUUACCUGGUUACAUACAUCGUUCUUGCCUGCUGUAAAGGACCAAGGAGACGUUUCCCCUGGAAUGUAAUACUCCUUUCCAUAUUUACGCUUGCCAUGUCCUACAUGACGGGAACAAUAGCAAGUUACUACAGCACAAAAGCAGUGUUUCUGGCCCUUGGGAUAACAAUGAUAGUGUGCAUCUUAGUCACCAUCUUCUGUUUCCAGACGAAGGUAGAUAUAACCAAAUGCACUGGUCUUCUCUGCAUACUGGGCAUGGUCUUCAUUGUCACUGGAAUCAUCACAGCUGUUGUGCUCGCAUUCAAAUAUGUUCCAUGGCUUCAAAUGGUGUAUGCAGCUAUUGGAGCAAUCGUUUUUACCCUGUUUUUAGUCUACCACACCCAGCUUCUCAUAGGAAACCGCAAGCACGCCAUCAGCCCAGAAGAAUAUGUCUACGCGGCUCUCUCCAUCUACGUUGACAUCAUCCAAAUCUUCCUGUUCGUCCUGCAGAUCAUUGGGUUUUCUUCAAAUCAGUCUUGA